CCCGAAGAGAGAGAGAGAGAGAGAGAUCGGCCAGCCGCUGACCUGGGGAAGGCGCGCUUCGGUUGCUAAGAACGUGGUAAAAAAUGGUGGAUCGCUUGGCAAACAGUGAAGCAAAUACUAGGCGAAUAAGCGUAGUGGAGAACUGUUUUGGAGCUGCUGGUCAGCCUCUGACCAUUCCUGGCCGUGUACUCAUUGGUGAAGGAGUAUUAACAAAGCUGUGUAGGAAGAAACCAAAAGCAAGGCAGUUUUUUUUAUUCAAUGAUAUCCUUGUAUAUGGUAACAUUGUUAUCCAGAAGAAGAAAUAUAAUAAGCAACAUAUCAUUCCUCUCGAAAACGUCACUAUUGAAUCUAUCCAAGAUGAGGGGGAUUUGCGGAAUGGAUGGCUUAUCAAAACUCCAACUAAAUCUUUUGCAGUAUAUGCUGCUACUGCCACAGAAAAAUCUGAAUGGAUGAACCACAUAAAUAAAUGUGUUUCUGAUUUGCUGUCCAAAAGUGGGAAGACGCCCAGUAAUGAGCAUGCAGCUGUCUGGGUACCCGACUCAGAAGCCACUAUUUGCAUGCGCUGCCAGAAAGCAAAAUUUACCCCUGUGAAUCGUCGACACCACUGUCGGAAAUGUGGAUUUGUUGUCUGUGGACCCUGCUCUGAAAAGAGGUUUCUUAUUCCCAGUCAGUCUUCCAAGCCUGUGCGAAUCUGUGACUUUUGUUAUGAAUUCCUUUCCAUGGGAGAGAUGUCAACAUGCCAGCCCACAAGAUCAGACUCUUAUAGCCAGUCACCAAAGCCUCCUUUAAAUGACAUAUCAGAUGAUGAUGAUGAUGAUGACAGCAGUGACUAAAUAAUGGAAGAAAAUGUUUUUAUAUUACAGUUGGUGUUUGAACUUGAGUUGUAUGAAAAACCUCUAGUUACAACUUCUCCUGAGAAAUCUACCCUAGCCAUUAAAUUUGCCUCAAAAACCUUUGAAUCAUAUGUGCCUCAGUAUUUAAACCUCCAAAAAUGUCAUUACUCUUUCUGCAGGGAUUGACUGUUGCAAAUACUUUCCAGCCACGUAUACUUGAUUUUCUUUCUACAAGUGAAUUGGUCAGCAGUUCCCCUUCUCUGAACAGGAAGAUUAGAAAAUAUAGCACAAUUGUUUUCUUUGCAGUUUGUACUAAUAAGUAUUCCAUAGUAUGAAUUCUUUUAAUAUUAGGAUGGGGGAAUUAAACCUGUAUGAAACUGGUAAUUUGGUUAGCAGAUUGAAAAGGACAUCUAACCAAACUUUGAAACUGAUAGUUCACCUUUAUUCUAUAUAUUAUAAAUUCUGAAAUGUUAGUAACUAUUUAAAAGCAAUGCAAAAUGUUAUACACCAAGCAGUGCCUUGUAAUGAUUGCACUGUUGCAGGAAAAAAAAUAACCUUGCACCUCUGGCAUGAUGAUCUAAGAAACAGUUGGUGCUGUUAGGAUUAAUUGCUCUUGUAUAAUGGGAUUUCAGUAAUAAGGGUUGUGAUUUCAUCCCUAGAACUGAGGGCUGUCCAGCAGCUCCUUGCACAAAGAAAAUUUCCUUAAGACGCAAGAUGAAGACAGAUUCAGCACUAUUGCGUAAUGAUUAUUGUGAGUUGAUCACAAGCAUGGUGCUCCCACAAAAUGAAUAAAACAAAUGGGGGCUUUUAAGAAAUUAAUCUUUCAGAUGGAUUGAUAGCUAAACUACUUUCAAACUUGUAUGAUAUUGUUAAAUGUUUAUAAUUAUCAGGUAUGGUUAAGUGAAAACUCUUGUCUCAGAUCAUGUUAUUUCCUGUAAUGUUGUGAUUUGAUAUUUAAAUCCUUAGAUCAUUCACUAACAUUUUUAAACUAUAGGACGUGGAUUUAAAAAUAAACUGUGUUCUAAAAGCACAAAUUGGGAGAAUAGGCUAGCUAUUCAUUUGAAAUAACAACAUUCAUACACAGCUGACCUCAAGAUGUAAAUGAAUUGCAGGUGACUUUAUUUUAAAUGUCUAAAACCAAGACCUGACAAAUAGUACAAAAGGUAUUUCCAGUACAUUUUUUACUUUAUACAAUAUUCUUUCUAUAGUGGUGUCAAUUUUAGAGAAAUGUCAACUUAGCUAUAAAGUUUUGUAAAAUCCCACAACAUAUUUCUAUUUUUAUAUAAUAGUAUGUUUAAUUGUUUUAUACAGAAGUCCAUUGACAGAAUUGUGUGGGAAUUCAAUAGCACCUGAGAAUUUAUAAAUAACAUGCUGAAUAUUAUUUGUGCAAAAAAUUAUAUUGAGUAAUGUGCUUAGUAAGUCACAGUUUCGGCACUGUUUUCUCUCCUGCCUGUUUGACUAUAUUUAUUAAAUAAACCAUUAGAUUUGCAUCUGUGAACUUGUCUACCAUUCUAUAAUCUAGUUGAAUGAAGAGUAUAAUAUCCAAGUUGGGGCAAAACAACCCCCCUCAUAUGAGGAAUCUAGCUAUAAAGUGAUGAAGCAUGGGCUGUAUUGACUUGCUUAGAAUCUGUAGAACAGCUUGUAUUGAUGGUGAGAAUUCAGAAGGCUAAAUUCCCAGUUGAUACUCAAAUGCCUAAACAAAUGCCUAAAUAGAGAAGGGCCUUGCAUUAAUGCUGGGAGUUCAAACGUAUGCACAUAAUUUUUGAAACACUCAGGUCUCCCACAGCUUUCCUAUGUUCCUUGAACUCUAAGAUUCAACAUUUGAGGACACAAUAUUUAAAAGUUUCAUUUAAUUGUAGUAAAGGUAGUUUUAAUAGAAUGAUUAUUUUUAGUAUACUACAACAGCUUCAUUCUGACAAUAAUUAGCUUCAGUGAGACUUGUCCUUAUGCAGUUACAAAGAGAUUGAAGGCUUCCUUUUUAUGUUAACCAAAGUUUAGUGUAUAGUCUGAACCCCAUAUUGUGGUUAAUCUUAUAGGCAAAUCACAUAAACUAUAGAGUGAAAUUGGACUGAGUUUAGAUAAUUUGACAAACAGAAAUUAAUUCUAAAACUUUUGAGGCUAACAUUAGAGGCGAACAUCUGGGGCUCACUGAGGCUUAUUCUUAUGGCAGACCAUAUACUUACAUUAUGUCUGGUCAAGGCCUUCUCUUGUGUCUGGUAAUAAGCACUAAAGAUGAUUGCCCAUCUGUACAUUAAUAUUUCCAUAAUUACUAUUGAUGCUUGGAAAUGGAUAGUUUGAAGGAUGUCCUCCAAUGUGUGCUUCUUUAUGAAGCAGCCAAUGAAAACUUUUUGAAUUGGCUGGAUAUGUUAUACUUUAUUUUUUCUACUGAUUAGUUAAAUCUUCCCUUCUCUGUAACCCAGAUAUGAACUGUAGGUUAUGUGCAUAUAAUUCAACUUUCUUAAUGCUUAGUCUACAUUGUGUAAAAAUCUGUAUUCAGUAUUGAAUGUAAUUUUUAUAUUUGCCCAGUUAUCUUUAUAUGCUGCACGUAUGCUUCAGCACUUUCAUUUAUUUGGCCACAAGCUCCUCCUAUCAGUCCUCAAAUCCAGUCAUUGCAUACAAAUGAAAUUUGCAUAUGCUACAAUUAAUCCCUGAUGCUGUUACCAAUUGACAAUGUAAAAUAAGUAAUCAGAAGAUUACGAGUGUGAAAGAAGGUUACUAAUUUUAUGAUUUUGCUCAUAAUUUUAUUUUGGAAAGCUAUCUUGUGUGUUAAGUCAACUUUGUGAAAGGCUUAAUAAAUGAUUUUGUAAUU